AAAAUUUGAGAACAUUUUCUGUUCAAUUCCUUUAUUUUUUUAUGACUCAUAUCAGUGGUUUAUGAUAACAUCGCAGUUUAUUGUCUCAGAAUGAAAUUUUCAUUUUUUAGUUUUUUUCUUCUUCUUUUGAAAAUUGAAUAGAGAAAACUUUGUGAGAUAUAAAUCAAAAAGAUAAAGCGAAGAAGAAUUACUUUUCCCUCGGAAGUUUUAAUUCAAAGGUUUACUUCAAAGGUUUCUUUCAAAGGUUAAAAAGAAAUCUUUAACGAACUUCUCCUCAUGAGCUGAUCUGUGUAGUCAGGCAUGUUCAACCAAUUGGAAUUAAGUGAUACGGUGUGCAAUGAUAGCGAUAUAACAACUCUACACUGAAUGGCGAUUUUACCACAUCCAGUUCCGCGUUAGCUCCUGAACAGUUUAGUAUUGUUCUGGACAGCUCACUGAGCAGACUGAAAAAUUAAAGAUCAGCCGCUCCAGGAGUUGGAUAGUUGAUUAAUUUUAAAUUUUAUUUUGUGUGUUGUUAAUCAGAAAGAAAAAAAAAUGAAGUUUUUAAUUAAUUUUCUCCUCAUCGUGGGAAUUAUUGGCCUUUCGCAUCAGAUAUCAACACCGGAUUCUCCAGACUAUGUUGGGGGUGUUGUUGAAUUUAACCCUGAGGGCUUCCAGCAGCCAGGAGUGCAACGUAUUGAGCGGAAUAUGGAGGCUUACAUGCAAAUCAUUGCAUCGGAGGAGGCACAGGAUGUGGAUAUCAUGGUAUUCCCUGAGUCAACGCUCAAUAUGAAGAACUAUGCCACCUUUGUGCCUCAUCCCGAUGAUGAGGUUGCUCCCUGUGAGGAUGACAGAUAUGAAUUCUACCUUCGGAACAUUUCCUGUGCUGCACGAAUGCACAGGAAGUACAUUGUGAUUAAUUUGACGGAGAAGCACGAAUGCACGGCGGAGGAACAAGCAGCGUUGAAUGAUACGCGGCCAUGUGCAGAGGAUGGGCUGAGUCACUACAACACAAAUGUUGUAUUCAAUAGGAAUGGUACUGUUGUUUCGCGCUACAGGAAGUUCCAUCUUUUUGGGGAAGCCGGCAUCAAUACAACCCUCGUGCCUGAUAUUAGUUUCUUCACAACGGACUUUGGGGUGACUUUUGGUCAUUUCAUCUGCUUCGAUGUACUCUUCGAGGAGCCCGCACUGGAGCUGAUUCGUGCCAAUAUCACAGACUACGUCUACCCAACAAUGUGGUUCUCCGAGCUGCCCUACCUCACAGCCGUACAGGUGCAGUACAUGUGGGCAUGGAAGCACAAUGUUAACUUCUUGGGAGCUGGAGCUAAUAAUCCAGCUGUUGGGAGUACGGGUUCGGGUAUCUAUGCUGGGCGCAGGGGACCACUGACGUACGUUAUGAGUAGUACACCAAUGCGGAGACUCCUUGUGGCUCGUGUGCCUAAAGCUCACACUCUGACGGAUCCCUACACCCAUGAUCCCGUUGCCGUGAAGUUUUCGGAGGAAGAGAUGGUUGAUUUGUGGCUGAAGCGCGAUCAUCUUGACAUUCAUACAACAAAGCUAAUUGAUGUUACGCAGCAGAGUGGUCAUGAGCAACUCUGCUUCGACACACUCUGCUGCCACUUUGACUACGAGAUUGAAUUCAAUGAUGCCAUCAUCACGGAUGAUGCCAGCUACUACAGAUACCAUCUUGCUGUCUUUGAUGGUGUUCGAACGUAUGACAAUGUGGCCACAGGAGGUGUGCUGUCUUGUGGAAUUUUUGCAUGUCCAACCGAAGAUUUAGAAAGCUGUGCCACGAGAUUUAAUGCAACUGAUAAUGUGGUUCCAGCAACAACUUUUAAAUCCAUUAAAAUCAGCGGAACUUUCCCAUCGGAAUCGCACGUCUUGACACUCCCCAAUGCCCUCAAUAAUCUAAUCCUUCCCAUUAAUUUGAAUGAAAUCAAUUACCACGAGGGAGAAGAGAGAACCGAAGAUGGCAAAAAUGUGAAAGACAUCAACAUGGAGCUGACUGUAGCACGAAGUGAUAUACGCACCUUUGCAAUUUAUGGGAGAAAUUUCGAAAAGGACGGUCAGGAUGUCACAACAGGUGGAGCUAAUCCAAUUGCAUUUUCCCUGAUGACUCUUCUGCUUGUCUUUACGUACACAUUCGUGCUGAAGAGAUUCGACUAAACCACAAAAAAAGUAAAAAAAAAAACAUUCACAGAAAAAGAAAUUAAAAGAAAAUGUGAAAAUUUAUAAAAUAAAGACGUGAAUGGACUAAUAAA